UCUUUAACGGGAAGCAUAUCAAAAUGACGGCCCUGAUCUUCUCUGCCGCAAUUGAGAGUAUGCGGCUCUCGCUCCUGUCGAGCGCGCUGGCUUUGCCGAUGCUAUAUUUGUUUGUGUUCAACGCUGUUCGAGCUUUCCAGCGGCUGCGAGGGGAAGAGACCAAGCCGUUGCUUGCACCGCAUUCGAUGCCGUUGAUCGGACAUGUGCAGUUAUUCCUGGCGCAGCCGGCGAAACUCGCGUCCGUCUUUAGUGCUGCGGAGCAUUCAAAACAAAUAUUCCGCUUCAAGCUGCCCUUUGCCUCGCUGUGGUUUGUCAAGGGCCCAUCGCAGAUCGUGCAGAUAAUGUCCGACUCCAAGACGUUCGACUUCGAGCCUAUGAAGAACAUCGCCCUGCAGCGGAUCCUCGGACUUCCGGGCAGGAUCAUCGAUCUUGCGAAUCGAGAUGACUCGGGUGUGGGCAGGAAACCGCUUCCCGCGAGCAAUAUCCCACAUGGGAGACGCUUUAAUUACUUGGAGCGCAAGACGACGAAGGACUUCACGCGGCCUGCUUCCCAUGCCGCGUUUGUAGACAAAUUCGAGGCUAAUCUCUAUGACUGGGUUGAGAAAUCCGCCAUCGGGGAUGAGUGGGUCAGCUAUCCUGAUCUGUAUCCCUUCAUUCGAACCAUUCUCUUCCGAGCCACCACCGACGCGUUUUACGGCCCGCAGCUUCUCAAGUCGAGCCCGUACCUGGAAGAGGACAUCUGGAAGUUCGAUGUAAAUGUGCCAUUUCUGGCCAAGGGCUUGCCGGGUUUUCUCAAUCGGUCUGCUAAAAGAGUCCGACAUAGAUGUACACAAGCGUUUCGCAUGUGGAGGGUCUCCGCUCUGCAGGAAACCGCAGAGCAACUUCCAGAAUGGAAUGAAAAAUCGGGACUGAAGACUACGACGCUACGUAAGGAGGUGUUUGAGCAGUUUGAGGAGUGGGAUGAUACCUCGUGUGCAGCGUCUGAUCUUGCAGUGCUGUUUGGGUUAACGUCCAACUCCAUCCGAGCCUCGUUCUGGUUCUUCCUCGAAACAUUACGGUCACCUGACCUCGCCGGCGAUGCAGCGAGGGAGAUAUCCAGCGUGAUCACUACAUCGGAAACAUACAACUCAACAGAUACAGCGCCACCCCGCUUCGACAUCAAACUGCUGGUGCGACUUCCGCUCCUACAAUCGCUCUUCGCCGAGACACUGAGAAUGUACGUCUCGGUAAUGAUAGUUCGCACCACACGACAAAGCUGCAAACUCGGGGACUGGGUGGUGCAGAAGGAUCAGAAGGUCAUGAUGUGCAACUACGCACAGCACAUGGACGAGAAGCUCUGGAACCAGGAUGGUUCCAGCCCUCACGCCCUCGACGCAUUCUGGGGACGGCGAUUCCUGUCCGGUUCAGAGACUGAAAAGCCGGACUCGAGCCCUGUCGCGCAGAUGGAGGCCCUUGCAGACCAGUCCACACCUACUGGGCCUCGCUUCGCAGGAGAAGGACUCGGCGCCAAGUUCUUCCCGUUCGGCAUGGGCGAGAGAGUCUGCCCCGGCCGCCACUUUUCCAAGAUCCAAUCGCUGCUGGCGUACGCGCUGAUAUCGGAGAGUUUCGAUAUGGAGCUGCUGGUGGAGGAUGGAUGGAGGCCGAGGGUGGAUUGGAACCACUUUGGAUACGGCACCUUGCCCCCGGCCAUGUCGACGCCGUUUCGCAUCAGGAGAAAGGCGGCUGCUGUGGUUUAGUCGGGGAUGUAGUCGUACAUUACUUGCUUUGAUAGACGGAGUGUUGAAUAGACUGUACUUUGGAU